AAAAUCUGAAUGUUUCUUUGAAUACGACCUUAUCACGUUUAGUUGUAUACUAUGUUGAUAUAUAUGACACACGUUUGCACAAAAUCACGUAAUAAAUUUUAUAUUACAUCAUCAAUCAGUACACCUCGCAUCAUUUAAUUAUAAUUUUCAAUCUGCGUAUUUGAUACCAAAAAUUUCAGAAUAAGUAUGGCAAAAUAUCGACUUUUCUAUUAAUAAAAUACGAUUAAAAUAUGAUCGAUGAUCAAAGAUAAUCUUAAUAUCAAAUAAUUUACGUAUAUUAUAAGAUUAUAAAGUAAGAAUUAUAUCAAUAAUUCUUACAUUAUAUUUUCAAAAUAUGAAAAAGUUGGUUUUGGGGAUGGUUUAGCUGGUCAGGAUCAUCCUCAACCAUGUUACGUGCUGCAGAGAAAAAGAUACUUUCUUGUUUAAAAACAGCAUACCGAGGAUGGUAUGUAGAUAUUGGUCCCGUAGUUGGUACAGCCGAUAAAAUAUGGACUAUAUCUUUGAACGAAGAAUCGGCCAAAACCCCUAUUGUUCUCUUACAUGGUUUGGGUGCAGGUGUAGCUCUUUGGUGCUUAAAUUUUGAUGCACUUGCAUCGCAAAGACCAGUAUAUGCUAUAGAUCUUUUAGGUUUUGGUAGGAGUAGUAGGCCAGUUUUUAGUUCAGAAGCAAAAGAAGCAGAGGAACAGUUAGUUCGUUCUAUUGAAGAAUGGAGGAGAGAAAUGCAAUUAGAAAAAUUUGUAUUGUUAGGACAUUCAAUGGGUGGUUUCCUUGCUGCAUCCUAUACUAUGCAACAUCCAGAAAGAGUAAAACACUUGAUUCUUGCGGAUCCUUGGGGAUUCCCAGAGAGACCUUCGGAAGUAGCAAUAAAAGCAAAUGUUCCUCUUUGGGUUAAAGCCAUAGCUUUUGUAGUACAGCCCUUAAAUCCUCUUUGGGCAGUAAGAGUCGCAGGUCCAUUUGGACAAUGGCUUAUUGAAAAAACUAGGCCAGACAUAGUUAAGAAAUUCUCUUCAUUUUUGAAAGAUGAUACAGGAGUAAUUUCACAAUAUAUACAUCAAUGCAAUGCCCAAACUCCAUCUGGUGAAAGUGCUUUUCAUGCCAUGAUGCAAGGUUUUGGUUGGGCAAAGAAUCCUAUUGUGAAACGAAUGGAUAAAUUAAAUCCAGAAAUUCCGAUAACAUUAUUAUACGGUAGCCGUUCUUGGGUAGAUAAUUCGGCUGGUGAGGCUAUCAAACAAUCUCGUUUGUCAUCGUACGUUAAUGUACAAGUUAUAACAGGAGCAGGACAUCAUGUUUAUGCUGAUAAGAGUGACAUAUUUAAUAAAUACGUAUUGGAAGCAUGUACUUUAAGCGAUUCAACUCAGUCCUUAUUAAAUUCGCAUAUACAUGCAAGUUUAAAAUAUGCAAUAGAAAAUAAUGAUUUAUCGAAAAUUGAAAAUAAUACGUCUGAACCUCAAAGAAUAGAUGAAGAACAAGAAUUAGAUGCACAACGUCCAAGGUCUAGUUAAUGUAUAUUUUAUUAUUUUAUAAAAUAGAAUUUUAUAAUUAUGUACACAUGCAUAUAUGAAUUGUACAUGAACUGCAUGUAUUAACAUGUAAUAUUUAAAAAAAGAAAAAAAAAAAA